GACAGAGGGCGCCUCUGUCCACUCCUGGCCCCUGGCCUCACUGGGUGUCUGUCUGUGAAGGAAGGGGUGGAGCUGGGGGGUUGGGAGGGGAAGGGCCCCUAAAGACAGGUCUCACACAGCUCCAAGAGCCACACUUGCUGUCUCCGCCGUCCACCCAGAACCUGCUCCCACCAACUGUAGGUGUGCUGCCACAAUGGGCUCUGAGCUGGAGACUGCAAUGGAGACCCUCAUCAACGUGUUCCACGCCCACUCGGGCAAGGAGGGGGACAAGUACAAGCUGAGCAAGAAAGAACUGAAAGAGCUGCUGCAAACUGAGCUCUCCGGCUUCCUGGACGCUCAGAAGGAUGCAGAUGCAGUGGACAAGGUGAUGAAGGAGCUAGAUGAGAAUGGAGACGGGGAGGUCGACUUCCAGGAGUACGUGGUGCUGGUAGCUGCUCUCACUGUGGCCUGUAACAAUUUCUUCUGGGAGAACAGCUGAGGAGACAGCCCCAGGGCAGCGCCUUCCCCUUCACAUGCUUCACCUCACCCCAGCUAUGACUCCCCACAGUCCCACCUUUGCCUGCCCCCUCCACACACACCAAGGAGCAGGAGAGCAGGCCGGCGCUGCAACUUAUCUUCAUUAAAGGCUCCUUUCGCUA